CAUCGGGCGGGCAAGUUUGAUCACAGAAUUAGAUCACGGUCCUCCCCCCAUCCCCUGGAGGGACAGGCACCACGCCAGAAGUUCCCGAGCGGGCGCGAAAGUGAAAACAGAACCGGUAAUGAUACCCACGGUCGUCGGUGCAACUAUUCUUGAACCAAAUCGACCAGCGAAACUCAUAAAUAUUCACCCAAGUUGCUACAAGUUACCGGCAUUGCAUUUGAAACUAAUUAAAAUGAUGGUUUGAAUCAAAAUAUAAAUAUUCGGACUUCUCGCAAACCAACUAAGUAGAGAACUGGCCAUCAUUGAGGGAACAUCGAAUCAAGUAUUAUCAACAAUUCCAAAAUGAAGUGCAUCACCGCGGUCGUCUUCUUAAUUGCUGUUGCGCACUGUGCCUAUCUUCCCGCGCCAUCCCCACUUUGUGUUUUACCUAUCAACACCGGGCUGCACCACGGUCCUCACGGUCCAACCUUGGUGCAAUCCAACGAUCACCACAGCUGGACCCAAGCUCAAGCGGCAGCCUCCAGCAAUGCUGCCUAUUGGGUCCACAACAAUCAUCACGGAUGGAAACCUGUGCUGUCUCCACCACCUCCAACGGCUACCUUCCAAGAUCACCAACAGUCUGGACAUCACAACCGCCCCGCGGCCAUGUACGUAGCGGCCAAUCCCGGUGCCGUCCACAAGGCACCCCUGCCGGGACAUAGCGUUAACCAGCAGUCGCUGAACCUGGCGCCGGCACCGGGGACUGGAUACUGAAUGAAGGGCUGAAUUUCUUUCAAUUUUAUGAGCGAAUAAAUGAACACUUGCAAUUUGAAA